UAUAAUAACUACUCAACUUAUUUUGAUAGUCAAAAAAAUAAGACACCGAGUGGGCUCCGCGGCGGGCUGUGGGCACCCGGCUGCCCCUGGGAGAAGCUGCGGGCCUGCGGCCCCGGCACUGCGAGGCGACGGGAAAUUCUGAAGGAAUGCAAGCAGGGAACAGAAAUUAAACCAGGCCUGAGGCGUGAUACGACAGGCAUGAUGGCGGUCAAGUCCUCCUACUCAGACUGCAUCUCCCGUGACCGGACAGCCCAUCUGAACGCCGUCCCUGACGUCCAGGGAGACUGGCAGGCUGUGAGCGUGAGGAACCUGCCCGGAGACAUGGGCGAGCUGGGACUGGACGGGGCAGAAGGACAGUCUGGCAACCAGCCCCAGAGCAGCGAUGGCACCACCUCGUCUUGAGUCGGGCCUUGUCCUAGGAGGCUAGAAGAAAGACAUGCUGUCCUCUUCUGGAAGGGGAACCCUGGCACUAGGCUGGCAGCCUCUUCUCUGAGCUCCACAUCCCAGGCAAGCCAGGCCCGUCUGAGAUGAUCCCUCCCCGGAGAUGCCUCUGUGGCCCCUGCUCUGGGAAAGCCCUCUGCCCACACCCACGGUCUCCACAUUCCCACCACCUUCUCGCCAUGCCCAGGUACACUUUCAAGACACUGUAACACGGGACGUUAUUCAUUCAGCU